UGCAAGCAGAUGAAUACAGCCUUUGAGGAAAGUGAUGAAUCUCUUCUCAAGCUUCCAGAGUGGGUUUGCGGAGUCUCCUCAGGUUUCCAGGGUUUCUGAAAGCUUCAUAUGUCUGACUGCAAGAAGCUACAGAACUGACGUUUGUGAGCAUUGCUGGAAUGUUCCCAGAUUUUUGGCUAUGUAGCAGGUCCCAGCAACAGCUAACAAAGAAAGCAGCAAAAUAACCUAUAGAACUACUAAAAGCUUGGCCCGGACAGAUAACAAGAUAAAGCCACAUAUGAAGACAUGUAGACAGAGCCCUAACAUGUAUUCUGUUCUAGUGGGACAUAUCUGAAAGUGCAGUUUGCAAAUCUAGACACAAAGGCUGUACAGUUAUCUCCUUUCAUACCCACAGCAGGGACAUAAAGCAGCACAAACAUACAAUUCCCCACAGCAUCACUGGUGGCUUCACAGCACAGUGCCAAGGGAACUCAUUAAGGUGCUGCCAUGUAGACCCUACAGUGGCUAUCUCAGCAUACUGUGCCAUUUGACACCUAGUCAUAUUAAGACAGACCAUCAACACAGAAAGAGUAUGGUGGUCAUCUCUUUUCCCAUGCAGUAUUCAAUUUCUUGACUGUGGCAACAUAUGCCAGGGAAUACAACCCUGCAGGGCUGGAGGCUGUUGUCUGAGCUCCCCAAUUGAGGACAGCUUCAGGAUUGCAGUGGCUUGGUUUCUUGGGCUGCAAUCAGCUGCAGGCAGGAGGAGUCACCUUCCAGUUUUACUUCCAAAGGAAGAUUAUAAAUUAAAGUCCAAUUUGCUAAACCUUUUGGUAAGCAGCUGUUUCUGCAUAAACACAUACCAGUUUGUGGGCUGUAUUACAUGGUUAGCUGCAAAUCUUACUGACUUUAAAAUCACUGUGUAUACAACUAAACGAGAGGGCGAACAGAGGCACAUUUUAACAUGGCAUGGAUUUAAACAACCUGACUCAUAAUUUUUGAAAACUGGAGAUUGAAAAUGAUUAUCCUAAACUAACACAUAAAAAUUGGGCACAAAAUGCUAUGUCAGAGAGCUUCCCUUUUAAGCAAGAAAGAGCAUGUAGCCAGCUUAACUAAAAUUUUUCUUCAAGUGAAAUAAAGUCGAAGACUUUAACACCUUUCUGAAGACAGGGUCAAUAUCAAGAAUAUAUUGCAAGAAGAAUUCAAAUUAUUACCUCCCCCUUGCAUUCAGUAUGGUACAUUAGUGGAAAAAUCCAAAAGCUCUUUUAGUUCUGUUAGCUAAUAAAUGGAUCGCUAGGCAAGUGUUCAGCAUGCUAAUAAACCCUUGCAACAUUCUGUAUUUAGUAUCAGCAGAAAGUCUUCACCCCUUCCACACCUGAACACGUACCUAUUUUAUAAGAAGGGAAGAAACUGCCUACGUUGCUUUUUUUCUGCCUGCUGGAAACACCCAAGCCCGCAGAUGCAAACUUCCAGUGCAUCUGUGCUACUUCUCUCUGAGGUCAGCAUUAAGCAGCAGAAAAACCACAGAAGAUCAAUCCUAGCUGAUUCAGGUUCUGGGAGAGGUGCAGACAGUGAUGUUAACAUUGACAAGUUAAGUCCAAACAGCUUUCCAUCUCUGAAUCUCUUCUAGCGAAGUGAAAGAGUAGCAGAAGCCAGAAGUGCCAUCUAGGGCUGGGAGGUUGCUGAGCUGGGCACAGUAGGUACACACAAGCAGGGAUUAUUCUCUGCCCUAUCCAAUGCUGUUGCCCCGGCCCUCGGGCAGUAGGGUACCCACUGGGGAAGGCUCAGCCCUUCUCAGUCAUUCCUGCUGGCUCUGUUCCAAUUUGUCUAAAACACUUAAAUAUUCAUUGUGAGAGAGAGCAAGUCUAGCCGGGUGCACAGACUCCUCUCCAGGGAGCCAGGACACCUGCCUUCUACACUCAGUGCUUCAUCAAAUCAUUAAUUAUUUAAAAUAACAGGAAAAAGCAAGAAAAACUCAUGCUUGCAGCCUGCUGCUUAUAGUACUCUCUGGGGUCCUGCGGAGACCAGGGUUUGCAACUCCCCUCCGGCAGAGGAGAGGAUCUAACCUAGCUUUCCACUUUCCUAGGGGAGGAUGCUUCACCCAUUGAGCUAUUGUACAGAAGGGCUUUUCCUUUAUCCAGGCAGCCGUUAGGCUUGCUUUUCUUAUCACUGACAGUUUUUCUUUCUUUUUUUAAUUCAAUUUGAAUAAAUGGAAAACAAAACCCAAAUCCUAAGCUCCGAGACCAGCAGCUAACCACAGACCCCUACACAAUCUUGUGUUUGCUUUAGAGAUUAGGGUCUACCAAGGCAAUAGGCAUUCUUCUCCAUUUCAUAGCUGCAACUGCUGCCAGUGGUCCCACAGCAAGACAGCUGCAUCAGUGCAGCACUUGGGUGCACAAUCCUCAUCGGGGCGUCUGUAAGGAGGUGGAAACAAUGGAUCAGCCCAGCACUUUAGUUAGUUCUGGUGUGUCUGCAUGGAGUGUAGUUGUGCCCACAGACAUUUCUCGUUUAGUAAAGGGUCUCUUUAUCUCUGCAUCCUUUGGGCCUGGUUCACUGCAUCUCAGCACACAUAGGAGCAGCUAAGACCUGCACAAGGAUCCCCGGGACAGUGGUGUCCUCCAAGCCCGGCCUGAGCCCGAGGACAGCCCCAGCUGCAGCCUUGAGUUCAUUGCACAGCACAGCGAAUCCCGGCAGGUAAACAGCACGGGCACCCUCGUGUGGUCGCCGUGAUGAUCUCUGUGCUCUCAGCCAAAACCGGUCGUCCAGCACGUCUAGAUGAUUCCUCUAGGGAUUCCUUCUAAGGAGGAGAGGGGCCCGGGAAAAGCAUGAAGUCUGACAGAGCCAGUCGGCAUGGUGCAGGGAGGGAAUGCAAAUCUGAUGCUACAGUGAAAGCAGAGCAAGGGCCUCGCAAGGUCACUUCUACCACAAGAUGGGCCCCUCUUCCCUGUGAUCAGCAGCAAAGAAAUCCCUGUCAUGCAGCCUGCACCCUUUUGCUAUCUUGGCCACUGGAAAGCUACAUGCAGAAGAAGCUGAAGUCCUGGCUACUGAGAUUUAAGCUCAUGCUUCCCAGUCCUGCCCAUUCCAAGUUUGCAGAACAGGUUAUUUCUUUCUCCCCACGGCAUCUUCCUUGAAAGAUCAGCAAACAACAGCAUUUACUCAAACAAGCCAAUAUGUCACUCAAGGUGUCACCCUGUAUUAAAGGCAUGACAGAGUGCAAGCAAACACAAGAAAGCAUAGAAAAUGUAAGGAGAGGUCAGAUAAAACAAAAGCAUGUGUGGAGAGUACUUCACAGCAUCUGCCCAGGCUCCUGGCACUUCAGAGCAGGGCCAGCAGGCUGGGCUGAGCAGCCAAGCAGCCAGCUUUGUCAUUUCUGUGUCCUCACACACUCACUGCUGCUUUGGACCCUGUUUUUUCCUUCCCCCACUCUUAGCUCAACCAUUAUCUGGUUCCUUCCUCCUAGAAUUAUGAGAAGGAAAGAGAAAAUGAAAGACAAAACUAGAUUCUGAUGCUGGAACAAGAGAAUUAACUCAAACCAUGGGUAAAGAACUGAUUUAACCCCAUUCUGCACCUUCUGCUGUGCGUUGGCCACACAGUGAGGAAAUGCAAAACCCUGAACCUUAUAUUCAGGAAAAAACAACAACAACAAAAACCCAAACCACAAAAAGACCACAACAACCCACCCUGUAUUUCCCACAGGAAAACCCCCUCCUCUCAAAUUGGUGUGGAAACAGAAUUAAACCACCCAUAGCACCAUAUUAGUGAAUGCACCGAAGCAGAACACCCUGAGGUGAGGGCAGCACCGGGCUGAGGAGCCACGGCACGGAGCCCAGACUGAAAUGCCUAGGGUUUGCCCCUUGGAGCCAUUCCACAACGGCCUAUUUUAACAAACAAAAAGCAAAAUUAUUAUUUUUAUUAUUUUUUUUAAACUAAGGAUUGCUAACCCAAGACCACCUUCUCCCCUUUACGAGGAAUCGAACUGCAUCAAAACAACCGGCGAGCCGCUCUGCUUUUCAAACGGCGGUGUGUACGGAAACGACGGCGAUAUUCUACUUAUCUCACUUUAAAACAGCAGCGAAAAGAGGCGCUCUGCGGCGGUGUGGCCCGGCUGUGGCCCGCCCAUAAGGCGGUGGGGCUGUGCCCGCCCUACCUUGAGGAGAUGACAUGGGGGACGAGCCGGCGUCGGAGGACGACACGCUGCUUCAUUCAGAGAAGGAGUUCCAUGAUGCAGCAAAGCGUAAUGACACGGCCAGGAUGGAGGAGCUCAUCAAGAGAGGGGUCGAUAUCAAAGCCAAAAACAAUACAGACCGAACUGCCUUGCACUGGGCUGCAGGAGCUGGGAAUGUGGAUGCUGUGCGACUGCUCCUAGACCAUGAUGUGCCAGUGGAUGAUGAGGACAGUUUUGGAAUGAACGCACUUCUCCUGUCUGCUUGGUUUGGCCACCUCCAUGUCCUGCAUAUCCUCGUCAAUGCUGGGGCAAAGAUAAACUGUGUUAAUAAGAAUGGCUGGAACCUGCUUCAUUGUGCAGCACAGAGGGGACACAUCCAGGUGAUGGAAUUCAUCAUGGAGGACCUGGAAAAUGUAUGUGUGGAUCAGACAGACAAGAUGGACAGGACAGCAUUUCACCUGGCGGCAGAGCAUGGUCAGCUGGAGGUGGUGGAGUUCCUAAUCCGGCAUGGUUGUUCUCACAGUGCUAAAGACAAGGAAAAGGAUACAGCAUUGCAUUUAGCUGCUAAAAAUGGACAUCUUUCUGUGCUGCAGAAGAUUGUAGAUGUUGGAGUGGACCUUGAUGAAAAGAACUUAGAAGGACUUACAUGUUUACACCUGGCUGCUGAGGGAGGUCACAGUCACUGUGUAAAGCUGCUCUUGGAAGCAGGUGCUGAUGUUAAUGUCCAAACUCAGAAGAAAAUGAACUGCCUUCAUUAUGCAGCGCUACAUGGCUAUGAGGAGAUAGCCAGGAUCCUUGUGGAUGCAGGAAUCCACAUAGAUGCUGUUAAUCAUCAAAAUGCUUCAGCAACACACAUUGCAGUACUACAGAACUUCCCAGCACUGGUGAAGCUCCUCAUUGAUGCGGAGUGUGACCUUGACAUUCCAGAUAAUAGGCAGCAGACCUCACUUCAUAUCGCUGCAGAGCACGGCAGGCAGGACAUCGCCGAGAUGAUUCUCAUUGCCGGAGUAAAUCUGAAACUAACGGACAAGCAGGGAAAAACAUCUCUGGAUGUUGCUGCCCGAGGCAAUCACAUCAACUUGGCAGACAUGAUUAUCAAGGCAGAUCGGUUUUACAAAUGGGAAAAGGACAACCUGAACAGUGACUCCAACUCCUGGGUGGCAAAGCACUUGACCUUUAAGCAAGAUCACAGGGUGGAAACACAGCACAUUCGCUCAGUAAUGUGGAGGUUAGCCACUAAAUACCUCAAACCUGGUGAAUGGAAGAAGCUGGCACAUUACUGGAAAUUCACCGAUGCACAUAUUAGAGCCAUUGAGCAACAAUGGACAGGUACUGCAAGCUACAGGGAGCACGGCCACAGGAUGUUGCUUAUUUGGCUUCACGGUGUGAUCAUGGCAGGAGAAAAUCCAGUCAAGGGGUUGUAUGAAGGUCUUGUGGGCAUUGGAAGAAGAGAUUUAGCAGAAAGCAUUCGGAAAAAAGCAAACGCAGACCCUGCUUCUCCAAGAAAGUGCGCAGCAAUGUAACACCCACCGGUUGUCAUUGCCUGCCUGAUGAGCUGCAAAAGAAUCACUUGCUAUGCUACUUACCAGAAGGCAGCUAUAACUUCAGGGCUUGUCAUAAUAGUUGGCAUCACUGCUGCUUCCUUCUUGGUCUGGAACUACCAGGAUAUCAGCAAAUAGUAGCAGUCUAAAUGCCUCCUUUAUAAAGUGAGAUUUUAUUGGCUAUUCCAUAUGUUCCAAACACUGUAAUAAGAGGUAAGUUACAGCAUGGCAAGUGAGACUAUCAGGAAACACUGCAGUAUUUUACUGUAACUUGUUUGCAUCACAAUUUUGUAUAUAAGUUUUUAAUUGUCAAUUUUAUAAACUGGGGAGAACGCCUUUGUUUUGAGAAAUGUUCUUUACUUAUCUAUUUUGUGUUUAUUUCUGGACUGGUGCUUGUGUCUAAGAUUUGUUCUCAACUUCCCUCUUAGCACAGGAGUUUGCUCAGGAAAGUUGAGGUGACUACAUGGUCUGUGAUCUUUAAGGAGAAGAUCAGUAACAUUCAUCAAUGAAACAUUUAUAAAUCAAAUGGGUAGCUUCUUUAAUCUCUGGGUUGCCAUUUGAAAAGCCUAGAUGAGCAUGGAGUUAUCUGUGUUCUAAGAAACAAAGAGUGAAGUUAAGACAACCUGAAGGCUGAUAUUUCCAUCCAGAGCACUGCUGCAUGGAUUUUACUGUUUUAACUCAGAUGUUAGCAUUGAUUAUUUUACACAGUCUCUCAUAAGGAUAGUUUUCAUAAACACAGAUUUGACUUGUCAGCUUUUGUAUUUUUAGAGUGUU